AUGAACUACAAAAGAUUCAAGAAAAAGGAAACCCAGACAGAACAACCAGCAGAGGAUAAAGAGCAUCACGCAUGCCACAUCGCAGACACCUGCAAAGACAUAAUAGAACCCACCCCACCAGCAGAGAAGAUAAAAAAUGCUCUCUCCAGCGCACAGUUCCUGCACAAAAACUCUUUCUGCACAAAACCACCCAGAAAAGACUCAAUUCCCAGCAGUGCAUCUUCCACCUCCUCACAGCACAGCACCCCGUCCUCUUUGGACGAAUGCAUGCACAGUGCAGACCCGAAUCUUAAGACAGAAUUCACUUCAGAGAUAUUUAAAAGGCUGUCUUUGUCUUUUGAUUUAUAA